CUCCUUCUCUUUCUCUCUCCCUCUCUUCCCUCUGCCAAUCAGCAACUCACCCCCACACCCACGCCCGUAAAGGAUAUCAGAAGUUGAUAUAUCUAGACCAUUAUUGUGGAGACGAUAUAGACUAUAAGACUUUUUUGUCUAAAGAAUGGCACAGUAUUUUGACAUUGAUGAUAUUCUGGCGGAGGAUGAGCUUGUUCCAGCUGUAUUUAAAGAGGCUGCAAAUGGGGUUGGGAUCUUCGAUUCAAGUGAUGAUACAAACAGGGUAGAAGCGGGUUCAAAGGCAGAGCUGCCUUUCUGGCUUGCUUCUGAGUUGCACUUGAGACAAGCAGUUUCCAUUAACGUUCCCCCUUGUUUCAAUAAAAAAACAAGAGAGGAAAUUGAAGCUGAUGCUGCACAUGUUGAUCUAAGAAAGCGAUGUCCAUAUUUCUACGAAUUAGGAUGCAAAUUAGCACAUUUGAUUGAUGAUAGAAUUCUUAGCGAUAAAAACAUAGGACCUGUCCUCUUUGUCGCCUUUCAGACCAGGUAUAAGGAUGUCCUGGUCAAGGCACACACUUCAGCAUUAUCCGUAACUGCCAAAAAUUUAACACUUCUAACAAGAGAAGAAACCAAAUUGUACGAGACCGCUCAAUCCUCAACAGCAGCAUUUAAGAAGUGGAAGAUGGGUGGCCCCAGAUUUCAGAAAGCUUAUGUUCUUGGGAGGAAGAGGAAGCCAACUGAGUAGGGUUCCAUGUUAAAUCUUGUGGUGUGUUUCCUUCAUAAGGCCAUCACCAAUUAAACCUUGUCUGUUUGUAUGUGAGAUUUACACCUGACCCUUAGUCAUGUACUUGUAAAACUUAGUGUAGGAGGUUCACUAGUACUUGAGCAUGCCUCCCAAAAAAAAAUCACAAAAAAGAGGGGGAAAAGAGGAAAAAAAAUAUUAGGUAUAACCGAU